AUGGAUGACAGAGCAGACUCCCUGAUGACUGUGCAUCUUCUCGCCAAUUCAGGACACUCGUUACUUCUGCAGCAAACUCUGGAUCGGCUUUUGGGGUGGAUCUGCCCAGACAUUCGCCUUUUCCUGGUGUCUGAGCGAGUUACUCCCUUGAAAUACUAUGAGAGAUUCCGUAAGAGAAGCUGUGGCUUUCCCGGAAUAUCUGUUCUCCUUUUCCUGCACGAGGACUUGGGAGAAGAACGGAUUUUCCAGGUCCAUGAGCAAUUCCAGCGUCCGCCCUGGCGCUACCAGUGUGCCCAGAUUGCUAAUGGGCAAAGCUACCCCUGUGGCCCAGCUCACCAGGACUUCUACAGCCUGGACGAGCAGAUGCCAGUCUGGGGCAUCAGGCGGGUUCACUGUGGCCCCGAAAUCCUGCGUGUCACCAUCUACUGCAGCUUUGAGAACUAUGAGGAUGCAGUGAGACUCUACGAGAUGAUCCUGCAGAAGGAAGCAACCCCACAGAAAAGCAGCUUCUGUGUCUUCGUGCUGCACGCAGCCCGGGGCGCCGCCGUGCAGCUCUGCCUGAAGCAGCUGCCCAUCGGGGUGCCCGCCGAGCCCAAAGACUCUUCAGCCUUGCAGUUCAGAGUGCAAGAAAUGGGGCAGCUGGUGCCUCUCCUGCCCAACCCAUGCAUUCCUAUCAGUAGCACCAGGUGGCAAACACAAGACUACGACGGAAAUACAAUUCUGCUGCAGGUUCAAGGCAGCUCCAAGCCCCAUGAAACAAAUGUUGGGCUUUCCCAUCAGCAUAAUAAUACAGGUGGUGACAAAAACCUUCAGGACUCGGUCCCCUUGCCUGUAAAGCGGGGUAAUUCUGGUUGGAGAAGCCAGGAGGUUAGAGCUGUGAAGAGUAAAACAAAAUCUGAGCCAAGUGAAGCCCUGACUGCUGAGCAAGCCGGCGGUGGCCUCUUCAGACACUUCUCCUCUCCUCCCAGUGGCCCAGCAGGCCGGUGGUGCUGGGAUGCCCCCUCCCUCCGCAGGCAGGGCAGCACCCAGCUCCAGGCUUCCCUCCAGGAGAGCCGUGUCCGUCGGCAGGCACCGGAGACCAACGUGGACACAGGGCUGGUGGUGCCAAACCCCUCCAGCAGCCCCUGCCCCCUGCACCGCUUCUCCAGGGACCUGCGGAGCAGCCUCCUCCAGCCCCCUGUGCCCACGGACGGGCCCUCCCCAGACAGGACCCAGCUGCUGCUGGCUGCAGCCAGAAGGAGUAAGGGAGCAGGGCAGAGAGGUUCAGUCCUCCUCCCACCAAUGCUGCAGGCCAGCCCCACAAACAGAGUGGAGGAGGAGGAGGAAUUCUUUAUAUGA